CCUCAGUUUCCCUACCUAGUACUGAGGGUGGGGCAGCCCUCCCCGGGGGUUCCGAGGCCCAGCCCACUGGGCCACUGCGAGGCAAGGUUCCACGCACCGCACCGAGGGUGCAGGAGGACCCGCCCUGGCUGCAGCCUUAGGGCUGGGACGAACCGAGCAGGGGCGGGUCGCGCUGGUGCCCUCACCGCUAGCCGCCCAAUCGCCGAGGGCCCGCAGAGCCCCUGGGGGCUGGGGCAGCAGGCGGAACGUGCCGCGGCUGCGCCGACGCGCGAGCGCGGAGCCGGGCCGAGCGGACCGCUCAGUCUGGCAGCGGCAGCGGUGCUCGGACAGACAGACGUGCCUGGAGCGCAGCACUGCCCGCAGCUCAGCAGCCCGGGCCGCGCCCGCCCGCCCGCCUGCCCGCCAUGGUGUCGUGGAUCAUCUCCAGGCUGGUGGUGCUUAUAUUUGGCACCCUCUAUCCUGCAUAUUAUUCCUACAAGGCUGUGAAGUCCAAGGACAUUAAAGAAUAUGUCAAAUGGAUGAUGUACUGGAUUAUAUUUGCCCUCUUCACCACAGCAGAGACGUUCACAGACAUCUUCCUUUGCUGGUUCCCAUUCUAUUACGAACUAAAAAUAGCAUUUGUAGCCUGGUUGCUGUCUCCCUAUACAAAAGGAUCCAGCCUCCUGUACAGGAAGUUUGUUCAUCCCACACUGUCUUCAAAAGAAAAGGAAAUUGAUGACUGCCUGGUCCAAGCCAAAGAUCGAAGUUACGACGCCCUUGUGCACUUCGGGAAGAGGGGCUUGAACGUGGCAGCCACAGCAGCUGUGAUGGCUGCUUCUAAGGGACAGGGUGCCUUGUCGGAGAGACUGCGAAGCUUCAGCAUGCAGGACCUCACCACUAUCAGGGGUGAUGGUGCCCCUGCUCCCUCAGGCCCCCCACCUCCAGGGACUGGGCGGUCCAGCGGCAAACAUGGUCAGCCCAAGAUGUCCAGGAGUGCUUCUGAGAGUGCUGGCAGCUCAGGCACCGCCUAGAAUCCUUCGGUCUCGCUUCAGGAAGAAAAGUACCUCAUCCUCGGCCACUGAAACCACGUGAAUGAGAUGAGCCAACAGCACCGGAUCCACAGAUGUCUCUCCUCUGCCUUAAAGAGCUAGUCACUAGUAGCACGGCAGUCCACAGGCUGGGUGUGCUUUGUGUGUGCAGCCUCACAGACAUGGCCUUUACUUACUCCCCUCUUCUGCCUUUAAGACUCUUCCGUUCUUCCCUUCUUGUUCCUGCUGGGGAGAGGCUAAAGGCUAAAGGCGGUGGUGGAGGGUGACCUUUCCAUCUUCUGGGGUUAGUAAUGUCCCGCAGCUGGAUUGUCAUUGUGGCCACAGUGUUUUUAGAUACAUAAGCUCUCUUACCCUGCUGCUGAGAUGGACAUUUGUAAUUUAUUUGUUGCAUAGUUUUUGGUCCUGUAAAUGCAAACGAAGUGGUCGUUUUAAAAACCCUUUUUGUUGUUCAGGGUACUAAUGCAUUGGACUGUGAUGUACAUAUUUACGGCUUUUAGCUUAAUGGAAUGAACUUGCAAGGGCUGCUAGAGGUUCUGAUAAGUGAGAGGACUGCAACAAAAUGGAAAUGUAGACAAAUAUUUUGAUUCUAGACAAUGUCUCCAACCUGCUUACAAAGCCAGUGCCAGUAGGGCAUGUCUUCUCCUGCAGGAAGAUGGCCACGUCCUUCACGUGGCUGUGCUGAGCCGGAGUGCAGGCUCUAGGCAGCAGGAAGGAAGGUUGCUGAGUCAGGGAAGAGGAAGGAAGUACAUCUCCUUGGGUCAAGAUCAGAAGCGUCUGAGCCCUUCGGGAGGGCAUUGGAACUGCCUCAGGCAGGCAGACGGCUCACCCUUAGCAGAACCUUUGGGGGGGGAGGGGUGGAAACUCAGCUGCUGGAAGAAUUCCAAGUAUCUCCAAUCACUUGGCAAGAGUAUUUCUCCUUCAGGGACCAGUGCCGUGGCCGAUUUCUCCAGGAGGAAGAGCCUACAUCUGAGCACCUUGUUUUAGAGAACACUAAGCAAAGAGGAAAAGCUAGAACUAGGCUUUGUUUCAGACGUGCUCCGAAACCACGAGCUGAUCACAGAACCACAAGAAGGCAGGAUCUGGGGAGGACCGAGGCUGAGGUCCACAGGCAGCCGUGGCUUUUGCCCCCUCCUGCUUUGUGUGAAGAUGAACCGGGUGGACUGACACUCACGCUCACUCUGUGUCGUUGUGGAUGUUUUACACAAGCCAGGACUGAAGGGAGAACUUGACAAGUAUCUGACUUAGAUAGCAUGGUGGUCUGUGGAGCUGCCCUCCCCUCUGAGAGCUGAGCCAAAUUGUAGGGCUAGUCUGCUUGUGCUUAGAGCUGGUGUUUCCUUUCCGUGUAAUGCAUGCAGUGGUCCCAACCCAGUUACUCCUAUUUGGAUUGUAUUUGUUCAUAGCUAUGCCCUGAGGACUAGAGAAGUAGUGUUGUAUACCACAUAGACCGGCAGUAACUGCCGACAGGCUCCAUUACAAACCACUCCAUUACCGAGCUACACACGCAUACGCUGGGAGACUGCCAGGCUACGUUAGCUACACGUUGGCUGCUUCACAGAGGGUUUCAGUUGAAGUUCAUUGCUGCCAGAUACACCUAGUGAAAUUCUACCAACAUGAUUUUGUAUUUUAGAACUAACCCUAGAGAACUAACCCUAGGGAACUAACUUAGAAGCUGGUGACUGGGAGGGCAAAGAGUCUGCCUAUGGCCCACACCCAUCUGAACCCGUUAAAAACAUCUGUCCUCUUCAACAGCUCCAGACAGGCGACAUGAUGCCCUGUACAAUGUACAAACCUGUUGGUUGGGUGUAUCUGGGAUGAAGAGAAACAGGUGCAGAAAAGCCUGAGAAGCAGCUUUGCAGCCCCCCCCCCCAGCCCACUCCCCCCAAAUCAAUGGCUUUAGGAGCAGAGUUCAAGUCCUGUUGUAUUUUCACCAUUUUACUAUGGGAAGUCAGAGCAUGUCUAGGCUACCAAGCUUGUACUCAGCGAUGCCAAAACCCAGUGUGAAGCACUCCUCUAGGACGUGCCGCAAUCUUGCUCGAGAUUUAAAAUAAAAAGGUAUCUAAGACAUUGUCUUAUUGUAAAUGUAACUACUUUUCCUUCAAGUGUUGACUAGAGGGUCGUCUCCUCUCUUAAAGACACUCACUAUAGAGCCGAGCGCAGCGGUCAUGCUUACUUUUCCGACAAGCUGUGCACUUGUAUGUGGACUGGCGUAUGAUGUGAAUGUCCCUGUCCGUGGAGUGGCGUGGUGCUGUCUAGACGAGAAAAAUGAAUGUUUCUAGUUUGCUGACUUGGACACGAGCUGUUUACAAAGUGCUGGUUCAAAGGUCUGCGCUUGUCUCGGCUUUGAGCUGCUCGCCUUGGAGGACAUGGCCAUUUCUGAAGACGUGAGGUGAGAGCUCACGCCCAUCAACUGGAGAUUUAGUCGUAACCUCUCCUGACUUUGUGUGGUGAGCUUGCUCACUCUGCUGGCCUUCGAUGUGUACUUUCUCCGUGGUAACCUGCCCAUGUGUUUGUGUUAAGAGCGCUCAUCGAUGUCGCAUAGCCUUCCCAGUUUUCAGCUCACACAGUAUUUGAAGUGGCGAAGGAUGCGCUUCAUCUUCGGACAGCGAACCCUCAGCAGCUGACGUUCCGGAUUGUGACUGUCACACUUCCUCUAGCUUAUUUCUGAAGUCUCUCUAGAGUGAGCUGUAACGAAAUAGUACCCUGAACUGUGUCUCUAAGGGGUGUAAACUGCAGUAUUCCGAAGGCUGAAGCUCUGCUGUCGUUAUAAUGCCUGAUAAACAUCUUGAAUAAAGUCUUAACAUUUUCUUUAAAAAAAA